AUGCAGGGAACAGCAGUUCUGCUCCUCUACAGCUGGAACAGAAAAAUCUUCUCCCCCAAUGAAAGAAAAGUUCAUGUUCUGCUGCUCUCAUCGUGGCGUUCAGGUUCAUCCUUCCUGGGUCAGGUUUUCAGUCAGCACCCGUCUGUUUUCUAUCUAAUGGAGCCCGGCUGGCACGUGUGGACMCAAGUGCAGCAACCUGGGGCCCAGCGCCUCCAARAGCCUGUGAGGAAUUUACUUCAAAGUCUGUACAAGUGUGACUUCUCAGGAUUGGAUGCUUAUUUACCAGCAGAGCCUAAUGUUUCCUCCUUGUUUCUGUGGACUGAAAGUUGGGCUCUGUGCUCCCCCCCGGCCUGUCCCCUCACAGUGACGAACGAGACUCAGUGCCGUCAGAAAUGUGAUGUUCAGGGUUUGCAGAAGGUGCAGGAGGCCUGCCACACAUACAGUCACGUGGUGUUAAAAGAAGUGAGAUUCUUUGAACUGGAAUCCCUUUACCCUCUUCUAAAAGACCCCAACUUAGAUCUCCGAAUUGUUCAUUUGGUCCGGGACCCUCGGGCCGUGUUGAGGUCUAGAGAGGAGUCAGCUGAGUCAUUUGUGUUGGACAAUGAUAUAGUCCUGGAGCACAAACCCGUACCGGCAGMUGAAGUUCAGUACAAAGUCUUGGAGGAAAUUUGCCGUAGUCACAUACGCAUCAGUAAGACGGCCAUCCUGGAACCUCCUCCCUUUCUAGAAGGCCGCUAUAAAAUGGUCCGCUACGAAGACGUGGCACGAAACCCACUGAAGGAAAUCAACAACAUUUAUCAGUUUGUAGGUUUAGGAAUGACCAAACAGAUGGAGGAAUGGAUCCACAAGAAGACUCAUGGAAAGGGGAGGGGCAACGCAGCACAGGCUUUCCAAAUCAUCUCUAGAAAUGCCACCCAAGUGUCCCAGGCUUGGCGCACCAUGCUGCCACACCACAAGGUCUUACAUGUUCAGGAAGUGUGCAGAGAGGCCAUGGGACUGCUCGGCUACAGGAGCGUUCAGAGUGAAAAAGAACAGACUGCAUUUGACACUGAUCUGCUGCUUCCACUGACACUUUAACGAUUCAUCUUCCAGAUAAAAACAUGAGAGACAAACUCUGAAAGACAUUUCAGAUCUUCCUCCAGUGUUUCUUUGUUGAGGCUAUCAGGGUGAACCAAUAUUAUUUUGUGGUUUUUUUUUUUUUUUUGUAAAAGUAGCUUUUUUGUUCGACUGCUCCAACAGCCACAGAAUUAUGAGGCCUCUGAGCUACAACAUCUGUUUUCUUAGGUAAAAGUAACUUUCUGCAAAAGGAUUAGAGUGACAGAGAGAGAGAAAAAAGUUUUGCAAAACCUUA